AUGACUCUUCCGACGCCUGCAAGCUCCCUCUCGUCUGCACCAUUACUGCCCGACCACGAGCCAUCCUUGCAAGCAUCGCCGUCACCUCGAAAAAGCGCCAACCCGAGCGCCAAUCCGUCGCCGCUGCAGCAGCUGCUCGCUGCGCCCGACAAACUUGGCCUGCAGUCCCCGCCCUUGCCGUCGCCGCCAUCUCAAGUGGACAUGUUGUCAACGUCUGAUAUGGUUGUGAUGGCCAACUCCUCUCUCGAUAGCACCGCUCUCGCAACGUCCGAGGGCGACAAUCACAGUCUGGUCGCAGCAACUGCGGCUGGGCCAACGUCGCCCUGGCUGACUCCACCCCAGGACUCGGCUUCCUCCCUAUUAGACAGCACCAGCAGUAAUACAGACGGCAACGCUCUCAGCAACCCGUCCCAAAGUAGCAGCAAUAGCAGCAGCAGCAACAAUAGUAGUAGUAGUAGUCACAGUAAUAAUGGUCAGAAUGGGAGCAAUCCGAACGGCAGUAUCACAAGUAGCUCUUCCAGCAGCAGCAGCAGCAACAGCUCGGACAGCGCCGCAGGCAGCGCGUCGAGCAGUAGCAACUCGUCGCCACCCAUGGAAGCUUCGGCAUCAGCCUUGUCCGUGCUUGACGGCCUAUUGGGAGUCAACCCCCUCGCAGAACCUAGCAUUUCAGAAUUGUCAGCGGCGCUCUCUGCCGAUGCGGCCCACUUGUUGCCCCCAAUUGGUGAGGGUCCUCUAAAUCUGUCCUCCUUGCUUGCUGAUGACUCCGCGCCCUUGGACGCGUCCGCCUUGCCACUCGCAGCGGGUGACAUGCUGGGCGCUUUGUUAACUGCUCCUGCCGACGAGGCAGAUCCCCUGGCAUCGUUUCUCGGCACGGCUUCGACGAGUGUCGCCGACGAUGAUGCAGCCAGCCUCACAACGUCCUCUGCCUUGCUUUCCGCUGCCGCGACCGGGCUCGAGGCCAAUUCGGCGAAUGCCGGAACCGACUCCUUGGAGGAUAUCAUGUUCUCAAUUAUGGACGAGACUGUGGGAGGCCCACCGUCGGCUCUCGAUGCUGCCAUGCUUGGCGUCGAGGGGAGCCUGGCCUCGUCAACCGCAGACUUUUUGGCUGCUGCCGCCCAGUACGCCGCCGUUACAGCUGCCAGCGCGCCGCCGCCAAUGUUUGGAGGCCCCUGCUACGACUACUACUGGGCUCUUCCAACACCAGUCUGA